AUGGAUCCACUUGAAGAACAAUCGCAAGAAAUUGAAGUAUUACAGUCUAUCUAUCCCGAUGAAUUAAACUUAAUCUCUCCAACGCAUUUCACUAUAACAAUUACCCUCGACACAACAUCUGAUAGGAAGCAUUAUUUAUUGCUUGAUGUAAAAUACCCUGAAAGUUAUCCUGAAGUGGUACCGCAGUUGGAUGUAGAAGUCGCAGAUGGACCAUUACCUGCAGGAUACGAUGAAGACGAUGAAGACACUGAUGAAGAAGAUGAUUAUGACUAUGAAGAUAAUGAUGGCGACGACGGAGAACCUAAAGUGAUACACCUUGCAGAAACUAUAGAGUUCGAGAGGAAUGAUGUGAAAGCUUUACUAAGUAAAUUGAAUGAAGAGGCAGAGAUGAACCUUGGCAUGCCAUCAGUGUUCGCCUUGGUAUCUCAAUUAAAGGAUGAAGCCGAAGCCUACUUCCAAAAUAAGGUUGAUGCUGCCCAAAGAAAAUAUGAUAAGGAAUUGCUUGCUCAGGAAAUGGAAGAGCAGAAAAAAUUUAAUGGUACCAAAGUAACUAAAGAACUGUUUUUGGAAUGGCGAGCAAAGUUUAGAGAGGAAAUGAAAUUCGCUGAAAAGGAUAAAGAACGAUUCGAUGCAAUGCACCAUGGGAAAAUGUCUGGAAAGGAGAUAUUCGAAAAGGGAUUGGCUGGAGAUGAAGAUGAUGAAUUGGUUGAAGGUAUUAAGAGUGUGCUGGUUUAA